CAUGACAAAAAUCUUGAAAGAAAGAGCUAUGUUAACAGCUUUACUAACAAUUCUACUGUCCAAUGAAUGUCAAUCAUUGAAAAUUGGGAUUUUAUGUAAUAAAAACACAAGAAAUAUCAUUACUCCUAUUCUUUCUAGAUCAGAAUUACUUGGAAAAAAAAGUUAUAAAGUAAAUGUUACUUUUAUUAUAAAGUCGGCCGAAAGAGACAAUCCGCUGGAUUGUCAAAAAUACACAUGUGAAUUGGUCAAGCGAAAUAUCGAUGUUAUCAUUGGUCCAACUGAAUUGUCCUUUUUUAAUGUUAUUAAUCCUAUUUUAAAUCAUUUGAGAAUAAUUCACUUCCAGCCUGCUCAUUCAGAUCGAAUUAAAGAUUCAUAUCGUUACGUAAUAAAAACAAAACACUCAAUAUUAAAUCUAAUUGACUUGGCUCUCGUUGAAUACUUACAUCAUUUUAAAUGGACCAGAUUGUCAAUUAUACACGAUUCAGAUACCUAUCCAUCUUUUAAAGUUUUACAAUACUUCGAUAUACUAUCUAUACAAAGAAUAACGCGUAAUUCAGUAAACGAUAUUGACGAUGCAUUAAAUGCUGUUAAAAAAGAUGGAACAAGAUUAAUACUUUUAUUCAUUAAUGACAACUGCUACAAGCCAAUACUCGAAAGAGCAAGCCAAAAGGAAAUGAUGGAAUAUGACUGGAUGUGGACAAGAGUAUUUACAUUGCAGAAUGUAAACAUCGAUCAAGAAUGUAUGAUGAAUAUCUCCGUACCAUCUGAUUUAAGAAAUGUAGAUGAUGGUUGUAUAGAAAAAUUGAAGGAUGAAGAUGCUCUAAAUAGAGGAUAUUAUUAUAAAGACUUGGAAAACUAUCAAGGAUUAGCCAUUGAUGUUUUAGCUACUUUUCGAGAGAGAUUUUGGUUCGAGAUAAAAUUAACAUCUGAGGUAGAGAGUUUAAACUUCUCGUCUGUUUUAACUGGUAAUACUAUGGAAAAAUAUUUUAAAGUUUUAUCAGAGAAUAAAUCUGAUAUGCUUUUGGGAUGCUUUGUAAAAAGUGAAGCGAGAGAGAAAUUUGUAGACUUUGCAGUCUAUCAAAGAAAUAUUGGAUAUAAAGCAGUAAUUCCAGCAAAAGAACAUAUAAAUACACUUCCUAGAUUUUUUUUACCUCUAUCAAUACGAGUAUGGAUCGUGAUUAUACCCUUGUCAAUUAUUGUUGGAGUGUCAUCAUAUUUUGCUCAUACGAUAAUGUCUUCAAAAGUUGAAGCUGUAGAAACAAGAGAGUGUGAUGAAACGAGUUUAAAUAUGUCAGAUUUUAUUUGGACAAAAUUAAGUACUAUGCAAGAUCUAUUAAUAACUAAGGAACACCCUACAGCCAUUCUCAAUCAGCCCAUGAGAGAUUUUUUCGAAAAACUUGGCAAGAAAUCUUGGAUAUCUUAUUUUCAAUUAAGAGAUUUCAUUAAAACUGGUAAAAACUCAUUAAAUUUCGUCUACCUGGAAGAAUCUCCAAUUGCAAUAUCUUUAACUGGAAAAUCGUGUGACAGCGUAACUUCAGUUGACGAGAUUGGAAGAUAUGAUUACGGUUUAAUUUUUCGGAAGGGUUUCAACUUUUUAGAACAAUUCAAAUUUCACGCGAGAAAGUUGGAGGAAGAGUGGGUCAUUGAUAAAUUGUUCAAAAGGAGAGCUUUAGUACCAGCCUGCAAGAGAAGUUUGUUUGUUAUAGAUUUUUAUCUAGGGCUUUUAAGUAGACCAAAGUACUAUGGCCAUAGUUCCAAAUGCUAUGCUUCAAACUUCUUAAGAGCUUCAUAA